CUAAUCGACCGUGAAUCACUGCGUUGCGUCCUCUUCGCAGGAGAACAGGAGCAGAGCAGCGUCUGUUGACUGAGAUGAGAACCAAGUAUUAUAAGACUUAACGGUGAGCUGUUUAUACCGGUGGAGAUAUGUCUCUGUCAGCCAAACACAGUUCCGACACGAGCAGCAGGAGGAGGAGGCCGGCUGAACACACACAAGAUCUUCCAUGGGAGCAUGAUCCCCAGGCCGGUGACAAUGAUGAACACAUCCAUGACCGACUGUGUGGAGGUCCACAAACUAAUUCAACCGACACUCCUUCACAUCACUCCAUAUGUCCUGCACUGUGCACAACAAAAUGCAUGCCUGGACAUGCAUGUCUGAGUCAUCAUGCCUGUGAUGAUAGCUGGGAGGAGAUCCAAAGCAAGAGAACUAUCAGAGCGGAGAAUGAAGUGGAAGCCAACAAACUGGUCAACAACUACAGGUUUGGUUUCAGAAAAUGGAAGAGCCAUGUGACGGAGCGUCCCUUUGAAGUCAGGUCAGAGGUUGUGAAAGAGCUCUACUCAGAACUGAACGUCAUUAAACCAUAUUCAGGUCAUCUCGUCACAUGCGGAAACGUAGCGUAUGUGCUUCUCUUCGGUUGGUGGGUCUCUCUGGCAUAUUUCCUGGUCACCCCACUGAUGUUCAUCACUAUCACUGGUGUACCGUAUGGCAAGCUUUGCUGGAAGUUGUCCUGGUACUUCCUGUGGCCAUUCGGCAAAUCUAUCCACGAGAUUGGAAAUACAUUGAGGAGAUGUUGUGAGCAAGCACCAGACUGUGAGUGUAACAUAGAGGGGACGGAAGAUAACUCGCCAGUUCUGCUGCCUUCACCCACAGAGGUGCCACUGCCAAUCCCAGAGUUGCCAGGGCGACCUCUGCACACUCCCUACUGGCAUCGUUUCUCUACCUACGUGUGGCUGCUGCUGGGAUAUCCUCCUCUGGUGGUCAUCCACUCCCUGGCCUGCUUCCUCUCCUGGAUCCUGGUCUUUACCAUCCCUGUUUUCAAGAUGAACGCACGGACACUGGGAGUCAUUCUUCUCUUGGCUCCUGAGGAUAUCUCUGUCUCCACUUGCUCACAGAGGAAGCAUCAAGUCUAUGAGACCAGAGCACUGCUGUGCUGUUACCAUGCUGCAAACUGGUACUACUACAAAUACACUGUUGAUGGGAUCAAUGUGUUCGCUGUCAACCUCCUCCCUUUAGUAAUAGUUGCUAUGGUAAUUGGAUAUAUUGACAGAGAAAACCAGUACGCCAGCUCUAAUGUCAAGUUCGCCAUCGCAAUCUGCUCCAUCAUACCUCUGUCCUAUUAUAUUGGUAUGGGCAUUGCCAGUAUCUCAGCCCAGAGUAACUUUGCAGUGGGUGCGGUGGUGAACGCCACCUUCGGCUCCAUCACAGAGUUGACCUUUUACAUCACAGCCCUGCUCAGAGGUCACCAGGCCGCCAACCCGUGUCUGCAGGAGGUUGUUAAAGCAGCACUGACUGGCACGCUGCUCGGAUGCAUCCUCUUCAUCCCUGGCGUCUGCAUGAUAAUCGGAGGGCUGAGACACAGUGAGCAGAGAUUCAACAGUCGCUCUACAGGAGUUAGUGCUGCGUUGCUUUUCAUCUCUGUAGGAGGUGUGUUCGCCCCCACGCUCUUCUCCAAGGCUUAUGGAAAUCUGGUGUGUGACGCCUGCACCAACUCCACUGGAGGAAACGGCUCGAGCAACAGCAGCGGGCAGUUUGUCUGCCACAACUGCCACUACGAUCUGAACAACGGUACAUUGUUCCGAAACCAUGUUGAGCCACUGGUGUACACAGUGUCUGCCCUCUUGCCACUUGCCUACAUCAUUGGUCUGAUAUUCACGCUGAAGACGCACUCCCACAUUUAUGACAUCCAUGUUGGAGAAGGACAGGUGACUGGCCACCAUGGAGCAGUGGUCCACUGGUCACGGUGGAGGUCUCUGGUCAUCCUCAUCAUGGCCACUGUGCUCACGUCUGCUUGUGCCGAUCUUGCCACCGAGCACAUCCAGCCCAUACUAAACCAGCCCAACAUCUCUCAGUAUUUCAUUGGGGUGACAGUUCUCGCUAUGGUUCCUGAGAUCCCAGAGAUUGUUAAUGGGAUACAGUUUGCUCUCCAAAACAACAUCAGUCUUAGCUUGGAGGUGGGAAGCUGUAUUGCUGUUCAGGUCUGCAUGCUACAAAUUCCAAUUCUGGUCUGCUUUAAUGCCUUCUAUGAUGUGGGAUUUGUACUGUUAUUCAGUGACAUGCACCUGUGGGCCAGUAUGUUCAGUGUGAUUCUUGUCAACUACAUUUUCAUGGACGGCAAGUCUGACUAUUUUCAGGGUACAGCUCUGGUGGUUGUCUACCUCAUUCUACUGGCUAUGUAUUACUUCGCUCCAUCUCCAGCAGGCUGCUGACUGUGGGACUGACACUUUUUAGCCUUGCAAGUUACCACUCCCUGUAGGUGGGAUUUUAUCCAGACAGUCAUGACUACGUGAUCAUGUGUGAAUCCUGACAUGGGAUGUUUAUUAAGUAUUUGAUUUCUCAUGCUGUUUUCCUAAAUUAUACUAAUGAAAGAACUGAACACUUUAAUCUCAGGUAGGUACUUAUUGCUCGAAUACAUUACUACUGUAAAAGUUUGUAAGCUAAAAUACUUAUGUGUCCUCAGACUCAUAACUACUUAUGGUCUUUGUAGACUGGCUAAAGAAAGAAAACUGUAUUUUUACAAUGCAAAUAAAUAUAAUGUAGAGUAUCUGCACUAAUGCUAUUUUGUUUAAGUUGUGAUAGGUUUCGUAUACUUUUUAACUCAAAUGUUAAAUGGUACUGUACAUGUCAGAUAGAGAUAUUGAUAUGUGACAUUAUUUUAGAUAAACUGGCACCCUAUAUUUGGAAACUAUCUGUCAAUACAUUUUGAAAAACUG